AUGGUUAUCUACAUAUUGGCCAUUCCAAAGCGAUCGCUAUCAACUUUGGAUUUGCCAGGUUCCAUGGAGGAGCCUGCUACUUGCGUUUUGAUGACACAAACCCCAAAGGCGAAGAAGAACGAUAAGAGCAUUGAGGAGUUGGUUCCGCUGGCUUGGUUUCAAACCGCUUCGUCAGAGGCAUUAAUCCAAAAGGAUAAGGCAUAUGCCCAACGUGGUGUGGACGCUGCCGCUGGAACGAAAGGAAAAGCUCGAUACGCAUGCCCCCACCGUGACCGCCCUGUCGCUGAGUCUCUCGCCGAAUUCCGCGCAAUGCAAGGCGGCAAGUACCGUGCCCAGCCAGCUGUUUUACGAAUGAAACAAGAUCUCGCCAAUGGCAAUCCGCAAAUGUGGGAUAUCACCGCAUAUCGAGUUGUUGAGGAUGAUGAAGGUGGAUUUUGUAAACAUCUGCGCACUGGUGACAAAUGGAAGAUUUAUCCGAGCUACGAUUUCACUCACUGUUUAUGUGAUAGCUUGAAAACAUCACCCAUUCUCUUUGCACAAUGGAGUUUGAGCUAUCUCGAGAGUCUUACGAAUGGUUGUGCGAUGCGCUUGAAGUAUACAAACCGAUGCAGCGAGAGUAUGGCUCCCUUAUACGGGCGUUUGAACAUGAACGGGACAGUUUUAUCAAAGCGUAAACUUAUCACCCUCAUCAGUGGCAAACUCAUUCAGUUCCAUUCACGAACACUGUCUAUAUCGACCGCAGUGAUUUCCGGGAAACCGCUUCAGAAUUUUUACCGUUUGAGCCUAGGGGUUUCCGUUAGCUUCAUGAAAGUACCGUUUCCCAUCACGGCGACCUCCUACGAAAGUGAUCCAACAACAGGGCUCGUGACUGUCGUGCGUGCGAAAUACGAGAUUCCAGAAGAAGGCUCUCCACGCAAAAAGCCCAAAUCAUAUAUUCACUGGGUUGCCCAUUCACCAGCUCACGGCUCCCCGAUAAAAGCCGAAGUACACGUUUUCCACCCACUUUUCAAUUCAACAAAUCCGUUAUCGCAUCCAGACGGCUAUCUCGCAGAUAUUAAUCCCAACUCCGAGGAAAUAUUUCCUAACUCGCUUAUUGACAUCGGGUUUAACGAGGUGAAGAAGCGAGCACCCUGGCCCGCAGACACCUGCCACGAAGGAAAAUGA